AUGCUUUCCCUCCUGUUCUUCGUCGGGCUCUUUGCCAGCUGCCUGGUUAAACCCAACACCGCGGCCUACUCCUACUCUGGUUCCGUUGGUGGUGGUGGGAUUCCCUUCACUUCAACAGCAAAGGGAAGGAUCACAGGGAUCAGGGUCUGGGAAAUCCCAUCUCAAUACAUUACUGGUAUCCAGGUGCGCCAUCAAUACAUUUGGUCUAAAGUAUUUGGACGAGCAUAUGGCCCAGUAAUUGAGAUGUCACUUUUUGAUGGAGAGGGCAUUGUUCAGGUCUCUGGUAAAUACCACAGCAAUUACAUCUAUCAGCUGAUAUUCAUCACCUCCAGAGGGCGAUCCCUGAUAGCUGGCCAGCCUACCACGAAAUCAUUCAACUUCUACCCGACUCACCAGGAAUCAGAGCUGCGAAUGCUGAGCGGCCACCAUAACGGCAAUGGGAUCACCUCACUGGGAGCUCACUGGGCAACUGGGCUCAAUAGCACUAGCGAAUAAUGAAUGAGUUCAAAGCUGAGUGGUGGUGUACUAAUGAUUGGUAUGAUGAAAUAAUCAAAACUUUUCACUUUUCACUGAUCAACCUGUAAAUUAGUGACCAACAUGAGUUGACAAAUGUGCACUGGGUAAUUUUACACCACUU